GCGAGGCGUUGUAUUAUGUCCGCCAUUUUGGUGGAAUAUUGUAUGAAAUUUAGAGUUUGAGACUGAACUCCAGCUACUCUACCUCACUUUACCAACACUAUUUGAAACAUCGAAAUGUCCGUUAGACGCCAGUUAAAGAACGUGGUGAACAACUACUCGAACGCCGAAGUAAAAGUUCGCGAAGCUACUUCGAACGAUCCUUGGGGACCAUCAAGUUCUGUGAUGACUGAGAUUGCCGAUGCCACUUACAACGUGGUUGCCUUUUCAGAGAUAAUGGGGAUGAUUUGGAAAAGACUCAACGAUCAUGGAAAAAACUGGAGGCACGUGUACAAGUCAUUGGUUGUUUUGGAUUACAUUAUUAAGACUGGCACUGAAAGAGUAGCUCAGCAAUGCCGAGAGAACUUGUACGCAAUUCAAACUUUAAAAGAUUUUCAGUUCAUCGAUAAAGACGGUAAAGAUCAGGGAAUGAACGUACGUGAAAAGGCUAAACAGCUUGUUGCAUUAUUGAAAGACGAAGAUCGGCUGAAGAGUGAGAGGGCUCGAGCAUUAAAAGCAAAGGAGAGAUUCGCACAAGCCAGUUCUGGCAUCGGCAGCGAUUCGGUGAAAGCCGGCAACUUACGAGACUCGGGAAGCACAUCUGAUCUGCGUCUUGGUGCCCCAGCAGCACCAGCAACUGGUGUACCAACUAGCCGCUCGUGGGAACCUGCCAGGAAAGUCCUAGGCAGCGAUAUGGAAACCUGCCGUCCGUCGAAUGCCAACGAGGAAGAAUUACAGUUGCAAUUAGCGUUGGCACUAAGCAAGCAAGAGGCAGAAGAGAAAGAAAAACUGAACGAGAGGGAUGAUCAACGGCUAAAGAUGGCCAUUAGCCAAAGUCAACAAAUUCCUUCACCUCAGGAACCAUUGCCACUGGAUGUUGGAAGCAAUGGUGUUCAAGUUUCCCAGGAUACGUUUGACCCUUGGGGUUCUACACCAUCAGGGGUUGCAAGUUCCCCCAUGUCACAACCGUCUAUAUCACAACCUUCCAUUCCACAACCUGAUCCCUGGUUAGGUGGCACCAAUUCAGUCGCCACUGCUCCUACCAAUCCUUGGGGAGACAACAGUGCAUCUUAUCAAUUGCCAAUAAACUCAUCACAGAAUCUUUUUGGAGCUUCAAACAACACACCUGUUGUGGCAGCUAUGGCUGGAGGAACAGAUCCCUGGGGAGCAGCCCCUAUACAAAGUAAUUCAGCUACAGCACCUCCCCUGAGUGACCCAUGGAGUGGAAGAGACAUUUUUCCCGCAGAAGUGGCACCACAACCUCAAGGGCCAUGGGAAACUUUGCAGCCUGAGGGUUUCAAUGCUUUCAACCAGAGUGCUACUGGCAGUGGAAUUUCAAGUCAGCCACCUUUGGUUCCAUUUAACCUUGAAAAUAAAGAUGAAGUAUUAAUGAAGUCAACAGGUGGCCAGGAAUUCCUGGAUAACAGGGUUUCUAAUUUGGUGAACUUAGAUUUGCUAACGCAAAAACCUGACCCUGUUGCCAAUCCUUUCUUGUCCAGCAAACCAGCAUCAUCCAGAUCAACUAAUCCAUUUGUACAAGAUAAGCCUCAAGCACCAACACUGAAUCAGCUUCGUGAGCAGCCAGUUGUAGUACCAAACAGCAUGCAGAGUAUGAGUGGAGGAGUGUUACUACCCUCACCUCUAAUUCCAGAUUCUACCUCUAGACCCCAGCAAACAGUUCAAAGUAAUCCCUUCCUGUGAGGAAGCAAGUGAUCAACUUAGUCAAGAAGAAAGCCACUGCCUGAAGAUUCUUGGGAAAGAAUUCAGCUCAACUGGUCUUAGAACAAGUAAUUAUCAUCAGCUUUCUUGUUUAAAAAGAAAUAUUCUGAAAAACUGGAGACUAAGAAAAGUAAAAUAUGCCUUAUGGUGUUCUGUGGGUUUUUUUUUUUUUUUUUUUUUUUUUUUAACAUUUUAAUUGUUAUAAGUACAUAUAGGUUAGAGAGUAGCUACAGCAUCAAAUCAAAAAUAGAAAGUAAUACCUUUACAAACUUCAAAUUGUAUCUAAAUUUUUUUGUUUAUGAUAUUUAGCUCUCUGUUACAUGGACAUUUAAACCAGAAAUAAUGAAAUUGACCUGAAUGGAAGAUCAAUUUUUCAGUUGGCCAUUUUGGAUAUACUAAAAUUCAAACUUGACUCUGAAGCCUGGGGGAAUAAAACAAAGUAAAUGACAUGGAGGUUUAGCGAUGAAUAAUUUAUUUCUUUUGUUUUAUUCCUCCUAGCCUUAGAGUUUCAUUAUAUCAAAAAUGGCCUAUUAGCUAGUUGAUGGAAAGAACUUGCAUGUAACAAAGGAGAGUGUUAAUGGUCAAAUUACCAUUGAUCAGGUGAUAAAUUGUUGUCGUGGAGACUGAUUGAAUUUUCAUUACUCAUGUCAUCAGUUCCCUAGUAAUAAAACAUCAACAAAUUAAAGAGCCUUUUUCUCCAUUUUUCAACACAUCAGUGGCAUUAGAAGUGUACCUUAGUGCAUAAUUUUCUUUGACAUGAAAUGAAAUUCAGACUUCAAUUUUCUUUAUAUUGUUUCUUACCAAUUCAAAGACUAAUUUUCUUGUUUGUUUAUUUAGUUGUUCCUCAGCAAUUUGGGUCCCAGAGUGCCCAUUGACAAUUUUGAUUUUGAUUGUUGUUUUUCAUCUGGAAUUAAUAGGUGAAUUUUGAAUUUUCCAUUUUUCCCCUUGAUUCUGUCAUUUUGGAACCAUACAAACAGAUGUGUCCUUUGGAACAGCUUCUCUUAAGAAUGCCUGAAACUUGGAAAUCAGCAACUAGCAGUUAUUUCAUACUGACUGAGAACAAUAUUGGAAAAAUAUUGAGGAAAAAUUGAAACAAUUUUGUAUUCAGUUCAAAUUUCAGGAGGAUGGAGGAGUAAAAGGAAACCUGUUUCUAAUCUCCUCUGAAAUAGAACUGAACAACCAGUUUCAUGUUUGCCCUGGUGCCCCAAAGCACAAAAAUAAGGUUGAAUUCCUUUUUGCAUGGUAUACAUUUAUAAAAUCAACUGUAACUGUCUGCACACAUGGACACACCCACGUCUGCUUUGCCCUGAAUAUUUUCUAUCUUUCCAUGGAUUUGUCCACCGCAGUAAAACGUUACACAGUUUAAUUUGAGUGUUAACCUAAUAGUUAUGAAGUACAACAGAAGUGGUCUUUCCAAAGUACAUAAAUGCUAACCUAAACUUGAUUCUGUGAAUUUACAGCUUUGUAGCCAGUUGGGGAGGUUAAUGGUAUCCAGGAAAGGGUGUGUGAUUGGCUGUGAGUUGUUCUUAUCACAAUGUGCCCUUGAUAGGAAGAUGCCUCCAGCUUGAACUUCCUUUCCACUGAAGUUGUAGUUAACUUGCACAGCUACAAGUAAAUUUAUGAGAAGUAUAUGACCCUAAUUCCUAUGCCACUGUUUUUUGUGGUUUGUGAACCUUUUUGCCCACAAGUUACACAAACUACUGGCCAGUUCAUCUCUGCUACUGGUUUAAAAUUCAAAGACUUAAUAAUCUAUAUUUAUUGAGACGAAAAUACAUUUGCUCUGUCAUCACUUUGCCAUGUUGUAAUGUAACAAUAAAACUUGAUGUCUGUCUAGAAAUAUGACUCUAUUUGUAGUUGCAGGAAGCUUGGUGGGUGAAAUGAGUCUUGCCACAACUUUAUUGUUUUUUGCUCUACAAAAACCAUCCUUUUUUGUCCACCGGUUUGGCUAUCAGUUGUGUGUAUAUUUCAGUCCAUUCAUUUUGCUGUCUUCAAAUUGUACUAGAGUGCUUUUAU